AUGGCAGUCAGUACACUCUUGUGGUCUGCUGUAUUUUGUAGUUGUCUUGGCAUAAUCCAGAGCCAAUUUUUUCAAGACCCUUGUCUGAAGAAGAAAUGUAAUUUUGGGUGUCGACUGCUAGCUGAUGAUGUUUGUGAAUCAAAAAGUUGUGAUUUAAAGCCAACCUGCGUUCCACCUCAGUUGGCGGUUAGUAGAUUUAAUCCAUGCGCUGUUGGACAACCUAUUAUUGAUGUAAGAGGUAGUCAAAUUAUGUGUGGAAGAGACCAAUGUCCAUCAAAAUCUUACUGUUCAGCCCCAGUGGGAGUUGGUGUCUGCUGUUAUGACUUUAAAGGAUAUUUUGUUGGCAGUAAGCUAGGAUUCUGCAGAGACCCUCCGAGAUAUUUCUCAAGAUGCAAGAAUGAUUGUGCCUCGGAUCAUAAAUGUCCCUUCAUGCAGAAAUGUUGUAUGUCGCCAUGUGGAUUUUCCUGUCAAAUGUCUUUUGUUGGAUAGAUAUCGAUAACUUACUCAAUUAUUAUAGUAAAUAAAGUUAUGUUUUAUG